AUGCCGUUAAAACGUGCAGUGGAAAGCUUUGAAGCCAUCAUUCGCAUCAUACGACUGUGUUCGGCUGUAUGUGGUGCCGAUGUUGUUGAUCCAGACUAUCGUGUAAAUCCUCUCACUGUCUUUGUUUUGGUGGCCAUCAAUUUGUACCUGGUCUGUACAGGAUACACAAUUUAUGUGGAUAUAUACAUAGAGAGAGAUUGGACCAAGGUAUUACAGACUCUAUGCUUGUUGGGCAGUGCAGUUCAGGGCUACUGUAAACUUUUAAAUGCUAUUUUGGGGAAAGAAAACUUAAGAUUUCUGGUUCACGAACUUCAUCAAAUCUAUGAGGAAUACGAUAAAAAAGAUGCCGACUAUCGUUGCUAUUUGGGUAAAAGCAUAGACGGUGUUUCUAAGAGCAUUAAAUUGAUUCUGGCCAUCUAUGUCGCAAGUGUGAUUGGCAUUAUUAGUGUGGUUCCCAUUUAUCGUCUGUUUUUCCAUGAAAACAUUUUUGUAAUGCAAUUUCUUUUACCCGGCAUCGAUCCAGAAACGGAAUUUGGCUAUAUUGUCAUGAAUUGCAUGCACUGCACUUGUAUCAUUUUGGGAGCCUUUGGAAAUUUUGCUGCCGACACCUACUUUUUCACCUACGUCAGUCACAUUCCAUUGUUGACAAAUAUACUGAAGUGCAAGAUUCGGGAUUUAAAUGAGGAAUUGGAGGAGCCAGAUAUGAGAAAUACUAACAAAUAUAGUAUUCUAUUCAAGGAUAUAUUACGAUGGCAUCAAAAGUAUAUGAAAUUCAUCAGCAUUAUCAAGGCCACCUACUUUUGGGUUGUUCUGGUUGAGAUGGGUACCAUAGCAUUGAGCAUUGCAUCCACUUUAUUUUGCCUGCUUCUGGGCAAAUGGGUAGGAGGUCAUGGUUAUCUGAUCUAUUGUUUUGUCAUGCUGUAUUUAUAUUGUGGUCUGGGUACCUUAGUUGAAAUUUCGAAUGAUGGAGUUAUUGACUCUUGCUACAAUGACGUCAUUUGGUAUAAACUACCCGUUCCGGAAAAGAAAAUGCUGCGCAUGAUGUUAAUGAUGGCACAAAAUACUUCGGGGCUGACGGUGGGUGCAGUUAUGCCUCUAACCAUGAAUACAGGCUUGCAGUUGACAAAGGCGAUUUACACCUGGACCAUGAUGUUGAUUAACUUUAUCAAUUGAAUUUAAGCAUAAAUUAAUUGAGUAUUAUCUUGCUUGUAGAUGU